GCCGGUUCAGGCAGGAGUGCGGUACCUUUCAUUAGCCGGCAUGGCUACCUCAGAAAAACGAAAGCUGGGUGUUGCAGAAAAACAUCAAAAAACAGUAAAUGAAAGCUCCGUUAAAAAAGAACAAAUGGACGAGCAAGUAAAGGAGGGGGAACAAGUCAGAAUUCAAAGGGUAAUGAUGGCUAAUGAUGAAUGGAUUGCACGAAGAAGAAUCCUACGAUUACUGCAGGAUGAACAAUUUGAAUUAGAUAUGGAAGAGGCUAUCCAAAAAACAGAAGAAAACAAAAGGAUGAAGGCGAUGCAGUUGGAACAAGAACAAAAAUUGGCUACAGAGCUGGCAAAACUAAAGAAUGAAAGUCUAAAGGAUGAAAAAAUGAGGCAACAAAUAAGAGAAAACAGUUUUGAACUUCGAGAAUUGGAGAAAAAAUUGAAAGCAGCUUACAUGAAUAAAGAAAGGGCUGCACAAAUUGCUGAAAAAAAGGCCAUGGACUAUGAGAGAAUGAAACGUGAGUCUGAAAUAGCCAAAUGUAUGAAGGAAGAACAGGAGAGAUAUACAAAAGAAAAGAAUGAUAUAGAAGCUAGACGUAAUAAGGAGAAAAUCCAGUACCAUCGGGACUUAGAGCAACAGCUUGAAUAUCAAGAGAAGAAGAAGCAAGAAGCUUAUGAAGAAUUAUUACGCGAGAAAUUCAUGAUCGAUGAAAUUGUUAGAAAAAUCUAUGAAGAAGACAGAAUGGAAAGACAGCAACAAUUAGAAAAAAUUGCUACAACUCAUAAAUAUAGAGAAGAGUUUAAAAAAGAGCAAGCUCUGUGGAGGAUGAAGAAGCGUGAAGAAAUGGAGGAAGAGAAUAGGAAAAUCUUAGAGUUUGCCUGUGCGCAGCAGCGGAGAGAAGAAGAGCGGAUGGCUCAAGUGCAAAAGCUUCAAGAAAAAAAGCAGCAGUACAAGAAUUUGGUUGCCCAGCACUUGGAGAAAAUACAUCAGCAGCAAGAUGAUAUGGAACAAGUGAGACUAGAUUUAUAUGAGUUAGAACAAGCCGAGUUAGAUAAAAAGAAAGUGAAGGAAGAAAUUGAAAACAAAAUCAAAAAGCGUGAAGAGCUCCAAAGAAACUUUGCAGAACAAAUGGCUUUCAAAGAAUUGGUUCUUCAGGCUACUAGGGACGAAGAAGAACACUUCAGACAAAACAUGUUGGCUAAAUUUGCUGAGGAUGAUCGAAUUGAAUUAAUGAAUGCUCAGAAGCAGAGACUAAAGCAGCAUGAACACAGGAAGGCUGUAGAAAAACUUAUUCAAGAACGUCAUGAACAGUUCCUUGCUGACAAAGAACGUGAACUUGAAGAAAUAAGGUUAAAUCAACAAAGAGAAGGAUAUGUCAAUGCAAUUGUUGAAGAAGAACGACAAAAACUUCUCAGAGACCAUGCUACAAAUCUACUGGGCUAUCUUCCCAAAGGAGUAAUUAGACAUGAGCAAGAUGUUGAUAUGCUUGGUGAAGCAUUUAGGAAAGCUUAUCUGAAAGAUGAUACACCAUUAGGAAACAGCUAAUGUCAUCAAGAGUUGGAUCACUCUGUAUCACCACUAGAUGUCAGCCUGACUACUACGUCAGUUUUGACAAUCAUUAUUUUGGUAAGAAUCCUUCAAACAAUUGGGAUUUUUUUUUUUUUUUUAACUAUUAUGGUAUCUGAAAAUUCCUGUACAUCCAUCUGUAAGAGAUUGCGAUUUGUCUUCUUUGCCAAUAAAUUAUUGAAAAAAGGAUUAUACAGAACAUCUCAUUUUACUCUUG